CACCAAGAUAUAUACAUAUUUCAUCUUCUAAAUCUAGCAUUGCUCCAUAAAACAUUAUUCUGCUACAAUUUUCAGAUAUGGCGAUGGUUUCAUCAUUGGUGAACGAAAGGCCUGUGGUUAUAUUUAGCAAAAGCUCUUGCUGCAUGAGCCACACCAUUAAGACACUGAUUUGUAAUUUUGGUGCAAAUCCUACUGUUUAUGAGUUAGAUGAACAUCCAAACGGGAAACAGUUGGAGAAGGAAUUAAGAGGACUUGGAUGCAAGCCAAGUGUGCCAGCAGUAUUCAUUGGAGAGGAACUGAUUGGUGGUGCUAAUGAAAUAAUGAGCCUUCAUCUUAAGGGUCAACUGGUAGAGUUGCUGCUCAAGGCUAAUGCUAUAUGGGUUUAGUUGAAAAUAGUUAGUGUUAUAAUUUCUAGUCACUAGCAUAUAACAUGUACUGUUUUCAACCUUCUUUAGUGGCAUUUUAAAUCCACCGGAAACUGAUGUCCUAACUUUUACAUAUGUAAUUUCCCCAGUUGUUGAGAAAUAAUGAGAAUACUAUGUUU